GACUGUUGUAAAACCAUUUCAGUGCCUUCAAGCAGUUUGACUGCUUUGACUUUCCGUAGACUACAAUACGUUUCCAUAGCGACCAUUAAUGGCGUAUAUGACGGAUGCGUCUUUGUAACGGCACCAGUUAAACAUGUCAUUUAGAGACCUACGAAACUUCACGGAAAUGAUGAGGGCCUUGGGCUAUCCUCGCUUGAUAUCUAUGGAAAAUUUCAGAUCACCAAACUUCACCCUAAUAGCAGAAAUCCUAAUAUGGCUUGUAAAAAGAUAUGAACCUCACAUUGAUAUUCCCACUGAUGUGGACACAGAGUCAGACAGAAUAUUCUUCAUUAAGGCUGUGGCUCAGUUCAUGGCGACCAAGGCUCACAUCAAGCUAAACACCAAGCACCUCUACCAGGCUGACGGCUAUGCAGUGAAAGAGAUGCUGAAGAUCACCUCUGUGCUGUACAAUGCUAUGAAAACCAAGCAGAUGGCUAUGGAGGAUGUUGUGGAGGAAGAUAAGAAGUUCAAGUUUGACCUCAGCUCUAGGAUUUCUGAUCUUAAAGCAGCUCGUCAGCUGGCGUCUGAAAUCACAUCCAAAGGAGCAUCUCUGUAUGAUUUACUGGGAAAAGAGGCAGAGCUCAGGGAAAUGAGGACUGCUGCCAUUGCUCGACCUCUUGAGAUCAAUGAGACCGAAAAAGCACUGAGAGCUGCUAUCAAGGACACUCUGGAAAGUGUGGAAAAGACCAAAGAAAUGCUGAGCAAUGUCGUCUCUGACGAGACCAGCCUGGACGCCAAGAUAGAGAAGAAGAAACAGGAUUUGGAGAGGCAUCAGAAGAGGCUGCAGACACUGCAGAGUGUUAGACCAGCGUUUAUGGAUGAAUAUGAAAAGAUAGAAGAAGAGCUGCAGAAACAAUAUGAAAUCUUUGUGGAGAAGUUUAGAAACCUCAGCUUCCUGGAGGCACAGCUGGACGAGUACCACAGAGUGGAGCAGGAAAGGUUUGAGGAAGCUGAAAACACUCUAAAGAUAAUGCAACACAAACUGAAGGAGGAGGAGAGAGAUCUGAUGAAGAGCUCACUGAAAGACUCCGACUCUGACUUGGAUGUUCCAGAGGACGAAGGGUCAGACAGCGACCUUGAAGAAUCUCGUCCAUCUAAGCCACGACCCACAAGAAAGAGCCUCAUGGCAGGGAGAGGAGCACGUUUCAUUGGAAACAUGCAAGGUGGCGACAGUGAUGAGACUGAUGACAGUGAGAUUGAUGCAGAUGAGGAUGAUGAGGAAGGUGAAGAAGAGAGCAGGGACUUGGAGGAUAACAGCUUAGAGGUCCCGUUGUCAAAGAGUAAUCAUCCUACUAGGGGAGGCGUGAAACCACCUCUCCUGGAAGAAAGUGAUGAUGACUUUUGAGUUAGGCACAUAAUCAUGAGUUGUGCACUUUUUAUAUCCUGGCCGAAAUUAGAUCGUUUUAUCAUUUCUUUCAAUCUGAAUGUUGCAUUAUAAGUGUUAAUUGCAGAUAUAGCUCCUGUUCUUUGAUAUUUAUUUAAACCGCUGACAAAAAUAAAAUUAAAAUAUCUAUUUUCA